GUGUGAGAGACAAGCCCGACCUCUGAGCGCCGUCUGUUUAUGUCGCCAGUUUGUACUCAUUUGUUUACACCGCGCCGCGGAGAGGCUGCGAACCUGCGUUUUGUUUGAGCGCCAACACGCCGCCUCUCGCCUGGACGACAUUUUGGAGGCUUUCUUUUCCUUUCCGGGCGACAGCGGGUUUCCCUCUAUCCGGAUGAAAGGAUCCUUACGCUAUUUUGGUUCCUGCGACGUGGCCAACGGGAUUAUAACUUCAGCCCGCAAAAGCCAAGAUAUACAUCUUUCUUUUAUUUUCGCCUGGAACUUGAAGUAAAGGAAUGCUGCUUUCCAAGCUCAACUCCCUGGCCCAUAUUUCCACCGACAUGCCGGCGAAGCUGCAAGUUCACCCAGCCAAGGAGCCUUUCGAGAAGCUCUACCAGGUCGGGGCGGUGUUGGGCAGCGGCGGCUUCGGCACCGUGUAUUCCGGCACAAGGACAUCCGACGGCGCACCGGUGGCUGUCAAACAUGUCGCCAAGGACCGGAUCUCCGAGUGGGGGGAGCUGCCCAACGGCUGCCGGGUCCCCAUGGAGAUCGUGCUGUUAAAGAAAGUCGGGACGGGCUUCAGGGGCGUCAUCAAGAUGCUGGACUGGUUCGAGCGAGCGGACAGCUUCAUUAUCGUCAUGGAGAGGCCCGAAAACGUCAAGGAUUUGUUCGACUUCAUCACGGAGAAGGGCGCGCUGUCGGAGGAGCUGGCACGCAGCUUUUUCCGCCAGGUGCUCGAGGCCGUGCGUCAUUGUCACAGCUGCGGCGUGGUGCACCGGGACGUCAAGGACGAGAACAUCCUCAUCGACCUCCGGACCGGAGAGAUCAAGCUCAUCGACUUCGGCUCCGGAGCCCUUCUGAAGGACACCAUUUACACAGACUUUGACGGCACAAGAGUUUACAGCCCACCAGAAUGGAUCAAAUACCAUCGCUAUCAGGGGCGCUCGGCCACAGUGUGGUCGCUGGGUGUGUUGCUAUACGACAUGGUGUGUGGAGACAUCCCUUUUGAACAUGACGAGGAGAUUCUCCGAGGGCAGGUCCUUUUCAGGCGAAGAAUCUCCACCGAGUGCCAGCAGCUGAUCAAGUGGUGCCUGUCUUUACGGCAGGCCGAUCGGCCGUCCUUUGAGGACAUCGUCAACCACUCGUGGAUGCAGAACACGUCCUCUUCGGCGCUCCCGACCGCGCCGCAAACAGACAAGUCGAGCACAGAGAUCAAGUUGCACAGCAUCAGCCAUGAGCCCUCGGCCUUCACGCCAAGCUCCGUGGCCGUGGCACUGUGAUGGUGGAGACAAGCACCGUGUUCAGAACCUCGCCAUCCUCGUGCCUCACUAGAUCUACUCCCUGUGACCACAUCAGACCACCAUCUAUCUCCACUUAACUUUGAUGCGUGAUUUUUUUUGCCUGUAGAAGGUCGUGCUCUGCUCUUGCAGAACAGCACAUGAUGCCAGGAGAGUGCGAGUUAUGUAACAACUCGGCGACAGAUUUGUUUUUAAAAGUGCCUUAUGAGACUGCUUGUGGGUUUGGGGGGGAUCCUGGAAAUACUUGAAUUUAGGAAUGCAAAAAAAAAAAAAGGCUAAUGUUCUUGAUAGUCUUUCAGUUCUUACUACGCUCAAGGCUUUAUCUUAACAUUUUUUUCCACUCAUGGGCCUAGAUCAGUGAAGCCUAUGCCAUUACGUUACAACCACUACUAGCACUACUACAACUACUCAAUCCAAUCUCAUUAGCAACCAGACAAACCUCACGGCUCUGGCAGCAUCCUGUGCAACACUGGACUUACCUCACCUGCUUCUUCUUUACCACAGCGUCUGCCUUUCUCCAUUGACACUUCCUUCUUUCUUUCCUUCAUGCGUCACAUCCACACCCUAAACCACACCUCAUUGCAAAGUCAACCAUACUAAAAUGCACCAUCCUCUGCUCUCCUUGACAUUCUGAAAAGAAUAUGUCCAAACAGUGCCUCACACAGGUCUUAAACAAACAUUGGGUGGGAGGCAUGACUUGUAUAGUAUGGUAUUUAUUUUUUUCUGUGAUGAGCUUCUUGGCUAGAUUUUUAUUUAUUUUAUUUAUGAGAAGAAUUUCGGCUGUUCAUAUAUUUCAUUCCACAGUCACUGAAGGGCCCGCCAUUUAUUUAAGAGACAAAGACAAGAUUAUUUUUUGACCAUAUUUAUUAUGGCUUGAGUUUUUGUUUUUGUUUUUAUAAAAACAGGUGUGUAUGUGUGUGUGCAUGUCUGUGUAUGUCCUGUAAAUAACUUGUUAAUAGUUCUCAAAGCACUUCCAUUUUAGUGUAUUUGAACACUGCACGUCUACUGAUGGUAACUGUUGGAUGCAGUGUUUGUGUGUGUGAGAGCGAGAAACCUCAUUUGAAUGCAGCGUUGAUUGUUCUUUUUGUUCAACCAUUCAGAUUAGAAUUGUAAAUUAUGUUAGAAAUUAUUUUUUUAUACAAGUCAAUAAAUAUUUUUGUUACAAUGCUGGCA